AUGUCCCAUCACUCGGUUCAUUCGACACCACUUCCCAACAUCGCCCGGUCCAGCGAAGACGACGCCUACUAUUCAACACAAGACUCUUCAUCAAGCAGAAAGACGCUUGCCGUCCCUCCGAAUUUCUUGAGGCCAUCUCGUUCGCGCUCCAAUUUCCUUUCGAAGCAGAGUGGCGUGAGCAGCUUGCCCAAUUCGCCUGUCACUUCAUCCUUUUCACAUAGACCAGACUUGCAUAGGGCUGCAACCAGCACUGCCGUGUCUACCAUCAGCACCACCGAGUCGACGCGUUUCGACGAGCUCCACUACUCUCAGACCCACUUCUCUCGGAGCACCUUGCUGGUCUACCCCGACUCAGACUCAACUGCGUGGCCUGGUGAAAAGGAAGCAGAAGAAGACAUUCGAGAACUUCUCCUUGCAUCCUCUGACGAAGAAUCUUCAGCACCACCUUCCACACCGGGCUUCGACAGCUCUAAGAUCCCUCCUCGUGGGUCUUCCGUGACCAUCGCUCAGCGCAAACAGUCUAUGGAAUCAGAAAAGUCGACACUGGCACUUCCUGAACCCAUCAGCCUCUUAACACCACCCGCAGCCCAGACCUCACAGAAGAAGCGAACAGGGUAUAAAAUGUCUCAGUCAAGUCCAAAACUGGUUGGCGAAGCUCCCCGCACGAGGAGUAUAAGUAGUAGCCAUGAUGAUGACGGCUCUAUUCGUUCAAAUGCUCACAGUGACGGAUUGUUGAAACGACACUCUAGGAUUUUGAUGAAGAUGAUCCCCUUCACACGCGAAGCUCCAUCAGUGGCGCAGUUUACCGCCCACCGAGCUCCUCGCUUUGGUACUUUUCCACGCGUUCGUGCCGAGACCGAGGAGAAAGUCGAGGCAUUAGCUGAGCAUUUCAGCAAGCUCAAUGCGGACCCACUGUCGCCGCCUCUUUCCAUAUCUUCAUACGUAUCGACAGGGUCAACGCCCGAAACAUCGCCGGAACUAUUGCUGCUGGACCUACCAACAGGGCACGGGUCCGGUGGCUAUAGCCAACGUCAUAAAAGCGCCUCAUCGCGCGAAUCGAUUCGAACAUUUUUCCCUGCGCCGUCUCUUCCCAGGUUGAUCUCCAGACCAGGUUCCCAGUCGCGAGAGUCAGGGCGGAUAAACUCAAGCAACCCAAUGAGCCACGGCUCGCAUCCCAAACUCUCUUCGCCAACGAAGGAAUCAGAGUGGAAAAAGACGCUUGAUUACGCGGCUGGUCGAGCUUCUUGGCAGAGCAGUAUCAGCCAUCGUCCUCGCAAACAACAAGCUGCUGCGAGCAUCAGCUUUAGUCGUAGCACGACGGCUUCUGGCAACCAAUCCACUUGGCCAAGAAUCUCAAAUCCGAUUCAUCGGCAUAACACGUUGUUGCUCGAACACAUGUUUGUCGACGCUGGUGAUGACGGACAGCUGGGCCAGUAUACUACUUCGAGCUUGUCGGCUUUCGCGUCGGAAAAUGACGGCCCGUGCAGUUUGAUGCGAUGCUCGGCCGAUAGUCGCCAAGAGUAUAGUCGACGCUCGUCGGUUGCUAUUGCUUCGAAGGCGUCGACAAGCUCACCAGUCGAGUGGCCCCAGGUCAAUAGUUGCCCAGGUCGUUUUUCUGCGAUGCCUUCUGUCAAGCCGAGGAGGCCUUCAACCACGGGCUCUUGGAUGCGCUGUGAAUCUGCGCAGUUUGGGUUCAAGACAGCUUUGCAACGCGCAGCAUCUAGUGCCGUUGAAUGUACCCAUGUGGUUAUCGGUACGGCGUCGCUCGGGCGCGCGGCAUCGCUGCGCAAACGAACGAUUCCUAAUGCGGCUUCAAUCUGGCAAAAGGGCGGACGUCGAUCGUCUGGCGUUGGCGUUGCGGCUGCGACAGCGACAGCGACUGGCGCCUUUUCUACCAGCGGAGUAACAAGUAUGAUGCCUACCAUCCCACAAGGUCAUACGCGCGACUCAUCUCUGGCAGACACCAUCGGCGAUGAUGGCGAUGAGCACGGAUCAAUGCCUUGGCUAGGUCUCGAUCCGUAUGCUCAAGAUCGUGCCGACACUUUGGCACGCUACUCAAUCUCACAACUGUCAGACGGCUUGACCUCGGACGCUGGACUGGGCGAGUUCGUCCCGUUUCGCUUCUAUACGCGUCGCGAAUCAAAGGAUGACAUUGCGCUGCUCGAUCUAGCGCGUCGUCGUUCAUCCAACGAGUCUGAUGCUGGUCAGGGACCCGUAUUCAACCUAGAUCCUUUCCGACGUUCUUCUGCGUCAAGGCGACCGUCGUGGCCCAGAGGCGUUGUGUCGUAUGAAGGUUACCACCGCACGUUUACGCGGCCCGACGUGCCAGAGGCCGUGACAGGCUCCGAGGCAGAGGAUGCAGAUGCAGAUGCAGAUGAAAACCAAACCCAAACCUAUCUCAAUGGCGAUGGUUGGUGCAGACGACGAAGCACAUUCUCUACCGUUUUCCUUCGACCACUUGAACUCUUUCAGUAA